AUGGAAUACGGAAGAACGCGCAAAGGGCCGCUGCCUGGAGGUCGCCAGGGCGCGUCUGGAGCUGGCGCUGGACGCGGCAGCAUGCGAACCGCCAGCCGAGCGCGAGGUGCUGCACGACCACCCAGCAGCCCCUCGCAUCCAUCAUCCCCACCAGCUGGCUUGGUGUCGGCAGGGUCUUCGCGGGCCCAGCAAUCGGCACCCGCCUCUGGUGGAGUACGCCGCAUGCGUUGGACAACCCAGAUGAACAGCAACGCAUUGCGGGCGUAUUUUGGGGCGAAAGGGGGAGAAACUGGAUGUUUGGCGUAUCGGGCUAGGAUGCAUCGUCUUUUUGCUGAGCUGGAGCCAUCUUUAACCGUCACAGAGCAAAACCUGGCAGACCGAGUUCGGUAUAUCUUGCGCUCAAAUAUAUUUGAUGUCGCCGAACUCGAACGGCUACGACGUGAGGCUGUUCCCUCGUCGGAUGAGAAUGCUACGGCUGAGGAUGCGGCGCCACAAAUGGUAGAGCAACCCGCAAACGUGGAUGCCGCCGUGAAUACCCCAGUUGUGGUUGAUUCAAACGAUGAUGGAACAGUCGCCCAGGAACUGGAAUUAGAGCAUAUGAGGAGUACAUUGGAAGAGGCGAUUGUGGAAACGCGCAGUACGCCUCUCGAAAAUCGACCGCGACUUCCCCGCAUAGCCCUAAGCAAGCGGAAUCGGGCUGUCGUGAGGGCUCUGAACCCAAUGCUGGUGACCUAUUUGGAAGCCAGCCGGGACCUUUGCGAGACGGACUCAAUUCUUUUUGGCGCCGCGCUGGCAGUCUGCCGUAUCAUAGGCGCCAAGGUUUCCACGGCUGGACGCGCUACUGGCCAUAGUAGCGCUAUCCCAGCAUGGAGAAGAAGAAUUGAGGAACGUAUCGCAAAGGCUAGAGCUCUCAUCGGCAGACUGAUAUGCUUCAGAUCAGGCAACAACAGGCCAAGAAUUGUGCGCACCGUCAGGAUGGCGUUUGCUGGGACAAAUGUCAGUUUGUCCCAGCCGGAUAUAACGCAAAAACUGACGGAGCGCAUAGAUGAUCUGAAGCAGAGAAUCGCUGCUUGGGGAAAACGGAUUCGGCGAUAUACCGAGAGGUCGACACGGUUCAACCAGAAUCGUCUCUUCCAGAGUGAUCAGAAGAGGCUCUAUGAAUCAUUGGAGCGACCAAUGGUAAGUGGAACGGGUCCAGCACCGAAUCAGGCCGACACUGUAGCAUUCUGGCGCGGCCUGUGGUCAGAGCCCGUAAACCACAGCGAGGGCCCUUGGACGGAAGUUGUGGCGAGUCAGUGUGCGGGUAUUACGCCCAUGGACCCCGUCAUCAUAACGCCGGAUGACGUAGCUGAGGCGGUCCGUAGGGCCCCGAACUGGAAAAGUCCGGGGCUUGACGGGCUGCAUCACUACUGGCUGAAGGGGUUCAUGGUGUGUCACUCUGUGCUUGCCCGACAGUUUCAAGAGGCUCUCAACCAGAAGUCGCUCCCAAGCCUCUUCACUACUGGGAUCACUCAUUUGGUUCCUAAAGACCAGGGGCCGCUGCCUGGAGGUCGCCAGGGCGCGUCUGGAGCUGGCGCUGGACGCGACAGCAUGCGAACCGCCAGCCGAGCGCGAGGUGCUGCACGACCACCCAGCAGCUCCUCGCAUCCAUCAUCCCCACCAGCUGGCUUGGUGUCGGCAGGGUCUUCGCGGGCUCAGCGAUCGGCACCCGCCACUGGUGGAGUACGCCGCAUGCGUUGGACAACCCAGAUGAACAGCAACGCAUUGCGGGCGUAUUUUAGGGCGAAAGGGGGAGAAACUGGAGGUUUUGCGUAUCGGGCAAGGAUGCAUCGACUUUUUGCUGAGCUGGAGCCAUCUGUAACCGUCACCGAGCAAAACCUGGCAGACCGAGUUCGGUAUAUCUUGCGCUCAAAUACAUUUGAUGUCACCGAACUCGAACGGCUACGACGUGAGGCUGUUCCUUCAUCGGGUGAAAAUGCUGCGGCUGAGGAUGCGGCGCCACAACUUGCUGAGCAAACGGCAAAUGUGGAUGCCGCCGUGAAUACGCCAGUUGUGGUUGAUUCAAACGAUGAUGGAACAGUCGCCCAGGAACUGGAACUAGAGCAAAUGAGGAGUACAUUGGAAGAGGCGAUUGUGGAAACGCGCAGUACGACUCUCGAAAAUCGACCGCGACUUCCCCGCUUAGCCCUAAGCAAGCGGAAUCGGGCUGUCGUGAGGGCUGUGAACCCAAUGCUGGUUACCUAUUUGGAAGCCAGCCGGGACCUUUGCGAUACGGACUCAAUUCUUUUUGGCGCCGCACUGGCAGUCUGCCGUAUUAUAGGUGCCAAACUUUCCACGGCUGGACGCGCUACUGGACAAAGUAGUGCUAUCCCAGCCUGGAGAAUAAGAAUUGAAGAACGUAUCGCAAAGGCUAGGGCCCUCAUCGGCAGACUGAUAUGCUUCAGGUCAGGCAAUACCAGGCCAAGGAUUGUGCGCACCGUCAGGAUGGCGUUUGCUGGGACAAAUGUUAGUUUGUCCCAGCCGGAUAUAAUGCAAAAACUGACGGAGCGCAUAGACGACCUGAAGCAAAGAAUAGCUGCUUGGGGAAAGCGGAUUCGGCGAUAUACCGAGAGGUCGACACGGUUCAACCAGAAUCGUCUCUUCCAGAGUGAUCAGAAGAGGCUCUAUAAAUCAUUGGAGCGACCAAUAGUAAGUGGAACGGGCCCUGCACCAAAUCAGGCCGACAUGGUCGCAUUCUGGCGCAGCCUGUGGUCAGAGCCCGUAAACCACAACGAGGGCCCUUGGACGGAAGUUGUGGCGAGUCAGUGUGCGAGUAUUACGCCCAUGGACCCCGUCAUCAUAACGCCGGAUGACGUAGCUGAGGCGGUCCGUAGGGCCCCGAACUGGAAAAGUCCGGGGCUUGACGGGCUGCAUCACUACUGGCUGAAGGGGUUCAUGAAUAUUAAAACAAACUUAACCAUGUUGGAGCAAAUAGUUAGGGUGAAUUUUAAAAUAAUGUUUAAGAACAUGGAUUUGUAA